GAUUGAAAUAUUAUACCCUUUUUUAAGAAUGUGGCCUGUUUCCUCACUUGCCUUAAUUUCCUUCACAUUGCCUUGAAACUUUUUUCUACAUUUGAUACGUUUUUGUUUUUGUUUUCUUUUCCUCUUUCCUCUCUCUCUCUCUCUCUCUCUCUCUCUCUCUUUUUUUUUUUUUUUGUAUUUUUCUUUAAAGGCUCCAGGGUAUGGUGAUUCAUCUUGCUAUAUGAAUUGUGCUCUCUUGUUGCUAAGUGCUUUCUUCUUUUAAAAUAACCUGAAAGUAGUGGUUUGGAGCUCAUGGAGACCAUUAAUUUAGAGACACUAAAGCAUUUCCAUGGGAAGAAAGAUUGUUCCUUCUUUUUAAAUAUUUAUCUCAAAAGGUUUCAUAUAUUAGGGGGUCGUCAACAGACAAUCUGUGUUCAAUUCUAUCCCUUUGGAGAUAAUGUUAAAGAGUCGUUCAAGUGGUUAUUAACACUAUAGUCUACCUCGGAUUAUCAAAUUGAUUAGAUUUGCUCUGUAAUUGAUUUGUUCUAGGUUUUAAUAGUGGUUUGGUAUUCUUUUUAACCUCAAAAAUAGAGUACGUGUAUUUUAAUUCCUUGUUCUAAGUUUAGUUUAUUUCAAAAGCUGUUUAUUCUGUUCCGAGCUGUUGUCUUCCAACACUUGAGCACAGAUGGAUAGCAUCACAUGUAGGCUAUAGUAGAGAAGGUUUUCACUGCAGAUGUGGUUUAUGAAGCAGGGAACUCUUAAAGGAGUUGAUAAAGAACUGGAUUUUUCCCUUUUGUUAUACAGUGCUAGAGAAAGCAUUGCUUUUUAUUGACAUGACUGGAUUAGUUCUUCACUGAGUAAAUGUGGCACUAAAAUAAUGUUAGUGUCAAAGUUCUGCUGAAAUUUGACAGAAGUCUCUCUUACCAUGGGAUCUUAAUGGCUACCAGAGACCAUUGGUUCUAAUGGGAGGGAACUUUAAGAAUUAAGUGAAGUUUUGAGUAGUGUUAUAUUUAAAACUCAGGGUGUGGGGAGUGAGAAUGAGAAAAAUAGGUAGCACUGUUCUUGCUAAUUGUCAGGUAAUGAGAGCAAUAUGCCAGGACUUACUUAUCUAAUUAUAAGCUGUCUCCUGGAAAUUAUGCUCAUUGAGAGGCUGCUAUUCAUAUUUUGGUGCAUAAUUGGGAAUUUGGAAACAGCAUGGACUUUGAUGUCAGUCAGAUCUGUGCUGGAAUCUAGGCUCUGCAAUUUAUGGCUGUGUCUUUUCGUGAUUUUUCUUGGACUGAGCAAAUUUUUUCAUUCUUAAUAUGGAGUUUAUGCUACUACUCAUGGGGUAGGGUGGCUAUUAGGAUUAACUAUCCUAACGUUCAAAGAGCUUGGUAUUGCACUUAGAGCAGCAUGAGUGAUGAAUAAACAGAGGUGAUAUCCUUGCUUCAUUGAUAUUGUUGCUUAAAACAUUUGCUUUAGCAUUGACCUCGCUAUUAUUACUUUGUGAUGUCUUUACAGGCAUUCAGCAUUCCAUAUUUUUUAUUCGAAAUGAUAUUACUGAGCUGGACAGCAUGUCUCAUGGCCUAAAAUGAUGGUAGCUGUUUUUCAGAACUAAAUCCAUGCUCAAAGGAGGAACUUUUGCUACCGUUCAGGAGAAUCAGAAAAUGUACUGUAAGGUCUUAAGUCAGUCUCAAGCACAGGUUACAAAACUGUUGGGAGCCGUGGCGAUGCUGUUGACAUGAAUGUGCAAGCUAGAAAAUGGAAAAACACUUCCUGGGAUAUAUAAAUUUUGUCAGUUUCUGAAAACUACAAAGCCAUCUUUGCUUUGGACUUUGAUGCUUUGCCAAUUAUUGCCUCAGUCGUUGCUGUGCUCCAAGGUUCAGCUUCAGUGUCUUGGUUUCGGUGGAAAAGUUUUAAAAUCAGCAUCCAUAACCGAAGAACAUUUUGUCAGCAGGAUCUGAAACUUGAAAGACGAGAUUUCCUAGUCUAUUAUAUAUUUGCCAGAUUGACCUAGCUAGGAUAGAGUGGAAUUUUGGAUAAAGGAGCUAUAAUCCUUCUGAAAAAUGCCCUUUGCUUGUAUCUAGAGAGCAAAAGAGGAUAAACAGUGCGACCAAAGAAGUAGCCGCCACUGAAGACAGGUGAAACUCGUUCCUCAUUUUCUCUUCUCUGAUUUUGCAGUUGGCCAAAAUCAUCUGGCAAUUCCCAGAUUACCCUUGGUGGGAUGAUAAGUUUCUCAGUCACUUGGUUACAGGGAGGAGGAGUCAUUCAGGAAGCUUUUCCUGAGCAUCUAGUCUGGGGAAUAAAAAGUUAUUGCAGUUACAUAGGAGGGGUGAUUAAAUCAACCAUGACUGUAGGCCAGCCUAACUUUUCCAAAUGAGAUACAGGAUUUCAACUGCUUUUCAUUUGGAUUGCCCCUGUGUUUGCCACCAUGCCCGUUGCAGCCAGGAAGCACCGGAGCUCCCUCCAUCUUGCUUCUUAACCUGUCUGUGCCUGGGUGAAUUUGUGCCUCUCCCCAUCAUAAGCUCAUUGAAGGUUAUUAAUCUGCUAAAUAGCCACUAAUGCAAUUGUGGUUGGUAAGCGCAGGGCAUGAGGACAGAGCACAUCUGCCAAAUCCUUGGUAGAUAGAUGUCUGUUCCAAAUUCAGUGAGGAAAAGAGCUCUGGUUACUGAGUCUAAGGAGGCGGGGUUAGUCCACUUCUGCCUCUUUCUAGUGUCACCCUAAAGAGCCUGUUUGCUCUGAGCCAUUAGCUUUUUCAUCUAAAAAUGAAAUCAUUGAGCCAAAAAAAAAAAAAAAAAAUAAUAGUUUCAGUCCAGAAAGAUUUAUUAAACUUGUCUGUUGAAUUUUUCAAACAGCAGUACACUACCUCUCCCCUCUUGGAGAACCACUAGAUCCCAUAUCUUUAAAACUAAAAUUCUGAGUUUCUGUAUCAAUUUAUAUCUGUGACAAACAAUUAUGAUUAAGCUAAAGCACUCCUGAGGAGAAUUGCGUUGACAGAAGAUACCAUUUUAAUGAAUUGUGUUGUAAAUUACUCUAUUAGCAGUUUUUGUAGGCAAAUGUUAAAUUUUUAAAUAGCAUUUUAAAAUCUAAAUGAAUUAAAAUUUCUUGUUUCUCCUGAACUUGUCCAAUGAACACAUUUUAACUGUUAGAUGAACAGAAGCCUAAACCAGAAAUCACCCCAGGCAGCUGAGUUUUCAUACCCUUGGAAAUUUGUUUCUGGUUUGGUUUUGGUUUUGGGGGUUUUUUUGUGGGGGGAGGGAGGUGCUUUGGUACCUUUUAUUUAAUUUGGUUCAGACAUUUUUCCUUAAACGUAGAUCUUUUAAAAAUGAUCCUCCACGUAUGAUUGGCUUGAAGUCUAAAUCUGAAAAUGAGAUUGACCUGAGCUAUGACAUUAACCUUCUCCACACUCUGAAGCUGAUGCCAGAAGCUGUUCUCAACCUCUCUUCCCUCUCGCAUUGCACGUUCUCUCUGUUCCCUUCGUCACCCACCGCAUGUUCUGCGAGAUGCUCACCUUUACUAAUGUUUGCAUAUGACACUGCGAAGCUGAAUGACCUUUUUCUAACCUCAUUAAAGUAGCUGUAUGACGCAGGUCUGUUCUGUCAUUACUGUUUUUAUCAUUGUUGGGAAUUUCAAAUGAACAAUAAAGUCUCAUGGUAAAGUUUUAUUUUUCCCAUAUUGAUAGAAGGAUUCAUUAAAAUAAGCAAUUGGAAAUGAGUGUGGGGAUAAAAAAUUUAUUUAAGCUUUAAGAAUACUUGGUAUUUAUAGAGCAUUGUUCUUUUGUAAAAGAUUUUAAAAAAUAUAUUUCACACCUCUUAGAAAAUACAAAAAAAACCUCGUGUAUAUUCCUCUGUUGUUUUGUAUGACAGAAAACUGACUCUUGAGUGGUCUGAAGAUUGAGAAAAUUUUUGAAUAAAUAUUUUCUCUUUCAGAUAGCUUAGCAUUAAAAAUAGUUUCCCAGGAUACUAUAUCCCAGGAUUCCAUAGAAGGCAGUUAAAAAUAUAUCUGUAUUUAAAUUGUCCCGCAAAGCCUAGAAUUGCAUUGGAAAAAAAAAAUGAAAAUAAAAUCCAAAAGAAGAGCAAACCAUUUGAUAUAUAAGUGUUGAUAUUCUUGACAGGGUAUCAAUAACCAAGACAGCUUGGAUGAGCUAGAGGAGGUGGGGGUAGCAGGAAGGACAGUGAGAGGAGAGGGCGGAAGGGAGAAGGGUGGGCAGAGAGCGCACUGGGAGCUCAAGGAGAGAAACUCACUGCCUUGUGAGCCAUACUCCCUUCUGUUCCACAGAGACCACCUUGCAAUGCCUUCAUGUUACCUUUGUGUUUGCUUUGCAGUCAAGGUAUCAUACCUUGGUGUUUAUAAUUUCUCUGUUUAUCAUCCAUUUCUAAUAAGUACUGAUUUAAUUUUUGUGGGCUUGUUUUUUUGUUUGUUUUUAAGAAAAUACAAAAGGUAAAAUGUACCAGAGAGGAGCCUUCUUGCUGGUCACCCUCCCUAACCCCUUUGCUAAUGAGUGGUGGUCCUGCCCCCCUGGCUGGCAGGCCCACCCUUCUUCAGCAAGCUGCUGCCCAGGGAAAUGUCACUUUAUUAUCAAUGCUGCUUAAUGAAGAAGGACUGGACAUUAAUUACUCCUGUGAAGAUGGCCAUUCUGCCUUGUAUUCUGCUGCUAAGAAUGGACAUACAGACUGUGUGAGAUUGCUGCUGAAUGCAGAAGCCCAAGUCAAUGCUGCUGAUAAAAAUGGCUUCACACCCUUGUGUGCUGCAGCUGCUCAGGGACAUUUCAAGUGUGUAGAAUUAUUAAUUGCAUACAAUGCCAACAUUAAUCAUGCUGCUGAUGAAGGACAGACACCUCUAUACCUGGCCUGUAAAAAUGGAAAUAAGGAGUGUAUCAAACACUUACUGGAAGCCGGAACUGACCGAAGUGUAAAAACCAGAGAUGGCUGGACACCAGUUCACGCAGCUGUGGACACUGGUAACGUGGACAGCCUCAAGCUUCUUAUGUACCAUAGAGCACCAGCUCGCGGAAACUCUUCGCAUGAGGAGGAACCCGAGUCAGGUGUCUUUGACUCGGAUCAAGGAGAAGAGAGUCCUGAAGGCACAUCCAGGCCUGUUGUUCCUGCAGACCUCAUUAACCAUGCUGACGGAGAAGGCUGGACCGCUGCCCAUAUUGCUGCCUCAAAAGGUUUUAAGAACUGCCUGGAAAUCUUGUGUAAGCACGGAGGGCUUGAGCCAGAAAGGAGAGAUAAGUGCAAUCGGACUGCGCACGAUGUCGCCACUGAUGACUGCAAGCAUCUGCUGGAGAAUCUGAAUGCUCUUAAAAUACCUUUAAGGAUUUCAGUGGGUGAGAUUCCACCAGGCAACUAUUGUUCAGAUGACUUUGAAUGCGAAAACACAAUAUGCACUUUAAAUAUCCGCAAACAGACAUCAUGGGAUGAUUUUUCAAAAGCAGUGAGUCAAGCUCUGACAAAUCAUUUCCAAGCAAUCUCCUCUGAUGGAUGGCGGAGUCUGGAAGAUGUGACAUUUAAUAACACCACUGACUCCAGCAUUGGUCUCAGUACAAGCAGUGUGCGAUCCGUCAUGCUAGGAAAUGUGCCAUGGUCAGCAGGUCAGAGCUUCUCCCAGUCCCCGUGGGACUUUAUGAAGAAAAAUAAAGCAGAGCAAGUCACCGUGCUUUUAUCAGGUCCUCAAGAAGGCUGCCUCAGUAGUGUGACUUAUGCGUCAAUGAUCCCUCUUCAGAUGCUACAGAAUUACCUCAGGCUGGUCGAGCAAUACCAUAAUGUCAUUUUCCAUGGCCCAGAAGGAAGCUUGCAAGACUACAUAGCACAUCAGCUUGCACUCUGCAUGAAGCACAGACAGAUGGCUGCAGGAUUCACCUGUGAAAUAGUGAGAGCCGAAGUGGAUGCUGGUUUCUCCAAGGAACAGCUAGUAGAUCUGUUCAUCAGUAGUGCUUGUCUCAUCCCCGUGAAACAGUCUCCCGUGAACAAGAAAGUCAUCAUCAUCUUAGAGAAUUUGGAAAAAUCUUCAUUGUCUGAGUUACUGGGGGACUUUCUGGCACCUUUGGAAAACCGCAGCACCGAAAGCCCCUGGACUUUGCAAAAAGGAAAUGGACCAUCUGAAUGUUACUACUUUCACAAGAACUGCUUUCUGAUGGGAACUGUUACCAAGGCCUGCCUCCAGGGCUCUGACUUGCUGGUGCAGCAGCAUUUCCGCUGGGUUCAGCUGCGGUGGGACGGUGAGCCCAUGCAGGGACUGCUGCAGAGGUUCUUAAGAAGGAAAGCAGUCAGUAAGUUCAGAGGUCAGGUGCCCUCCCCCUGUGAUCCCGUGUGCAAGACCGUCGACUGGGCCCUGGCCGUCUGGCGCCAGCUCAACUCCUGCCUGGCCCGCUUGGGCGCACCGGAAGCACUUCUCGGGCCCAAAUAUUUCCUGUCUUGUCCUGUGGUCCCAGGACAUGCCCAAGCGACAGUGAAGUGGAUGGCUAAGCUGUGGAAUGCUAUCAUUGCACCCAGAGUUCAAGAAGCAAUAUUGUCAAGAGCCUCCGUGAGAAGACAGCCGGGCCUGGGGCUGACAACUGCUAGAAACCACCCGAGCCAAGGACAGCAGGCUGUGGUUAAAGCUGCUCUCAGCAUCUUGCUCAAUAAAGCUGUGCUGCAUGGCUGUCCCCUCCAGAGAGCAGAGCUGGACCAGCACACAGCUGAUUUCAAAGGAGGAGGUUUCCCAUUAUCUAUAGUCUCAAGUUACAACAGUUGUAGCAAAAAGAAAGGAGAGAGUGGUGCCUGGAGAAAAGUGAGCACCAGUCCUCGCAAGAAGUCUGGCCGCUUCUCUCCUCCGUCCUGGAGUAAGCCAGGCCUAAGCGAGGAAGGUAGCAAAAUUAAAGCUGUAUCUCAGCUGAAUUAUAACAGGAAUGCCUCUCUGUCAAAACAAAAGUCUUUAGAGAACGAUUUAUCAUUGACAUUGAAUUUGGAACAAAGACUCUCUCUGGGUUCAGAUGAUGAAGCAGACCUUGUCAAGGAACUUCAGAGUAUGUGCUCCAGCAAAUCUGAAUCUGAUAUAAGCAAGAUUGCUGAUUCCAGGGAUGAUUUAAGGAGGUUUGAUAGUUCAGGAGACAACCCUGCCUUUUCAGCAACUGUUAAUCCAAGAAUGCCAGUGUCACCGAAGGGGGUCAGUCCUCUCAGCAGCCAUCAACCGGCCGAAUGCAGCAACAGUCCAUCAAAGACUGAGUUGGGUGUUUCAAGAGUUAAAUCUUUUCUUCCUGUUCCUAGAAGUAAAGUCACCCAGUGUUCCCAGAACACCAAAAGCAGCAGCAGAAAUACAAGGCAAAUAGAAAUCAACAACAACUCAAAAGAAGAGAUUUGAAACUUCCACAAAAACGAACAAGUAGGAAAACCAAACAAAUAGGCCUGCCUACAAUAGUCUCACUCUCAACUUCUAUAUCUUUCACACAGAAACCAAUAUAUUUCACACAGAAACCAAGGACAACAAGAUGUAAAUACCUUAAAAUGAAGGCAAUGUUUUCAUUGUAAUAUAAAGUAUGAGUGCGGGACCACUAUUCAAUUUUUUUGUAAAGAAUGUAUUUAUAACCAACAUUUUGUUGCUUUUUUUUUUUCUUUCCAAUUCUGUAGGAUUGAAUUUCAAUACGAGGAGGUGAUGCCAACUUUUCAAGUAGUUUUAUAAUAGAAAUAUUGUAAUAGUUUUAAUCAACAUGUUCAGGGGUAUUAGAACUGUCAGUGUACUGUAUAUCUAUAUAUAUAUGUAUAUUUAAGAAAGUCCAUGAAGCAUAUUGCGUACAUGUUAUAAAAUGUACAACAUUGGCUUUUAAAUAGAGAUAACUUUAUGUUCACUUGAAUGACUAGAAUGGGGCAAUAACAAAUAAUUUCUAAAUAGUUACUUUCCAUUAAAAGCCAUAUUAAAUAUUUUGCCUGUUAAAUUCUAGUUUUACAUUUUAAAUCUUUUAAUGGUUACAUUGCUGAUUGGUUGCAUUAUGUAUAUUUAUGCUUAUCAGAGUUUGCAUUAUGACUCCAGAAAAUAUGAAAUUAUAUAAUGCAAUAAAAGUGUUAUCUUUGUUAUAAAAGUUUUGUACCUAAGUGAAUAUAACUGCAAAUGCUUCAAUAAAUUAAUUUAGUUUACUCCCUCUUCGAUUUAAUUCUAGUAGCACAACUGAUAAAAGUUGAUAUUUUCUGGAAGUGUUUCUUCAAAAAUUACUAAUGAAAUGACAUAUACAACUCAAAGUUAAAAUGCUUUGACAUCAAUAAAAUAUUGAAUUA